AAAUAACAGGAUGCUCAAGAUUAGAGUAGUUUAAAAAGUAAACACAAAAUGUUCAGAAGACGAACACUGAUAUUAGUGGUUGCAGAAUAUAUAACUAUUUAAAAGUUCCUAGACAGUCCGGCAGGCUGUCAGACCUCACAUAAAACCCAAACAUUUCGCCCCACACUCCACCCCAGUGUCAGGCCAGAGCGCAUGCGCAGCCUGACGCGUGCGCACUCUUAACGCAGGCCCGUAAGACGCGGAAGAGCAAGAUGGCGGCGCCGAGCCUCCCCACGCCGUUGUACGGGCACGUGGGUCGCGGAGCCUUCAGCGACGUGUACGAGCCCUCGGAGGACACGUUCCUGCUCCUGGACGCGCUGGAGGCGGCGGCGGCCGAGCUAGCAGGAGUGGAAAUAUGCCUCGAAGUAGGAGCAGGGUCUGGUGUGGUGUCUGCAUUCCUGGCCUCCAUGAUAGGUCCUCAGGCCUUGUACAUAUGCACUGAUAUCAACCCCCAGGCAGCUGCAUGCACCCUGGAGACAGCACGCUGUAACAGAGUUCACAUUCAGCCAGUAAUUACAGAUUUGGUCCAAGGCUUGCUGCCCCGAUUGAAGGGAAAAGUUGACCUGCUGGUGUUUAACCCCCCCUAUGUUGUGACUCCGCCUGAAGAGGUAGGAAGUCACGGAAUAGAAGCAGCUUGGGCUGGUGGCCAGGAAACGGGCCGGGAAGUCAUGGACAGAUUCUUCCCGAUGGCUUCAGAACUCCUCUCCCCAAGAGGGCUGUUCUACUUAGUUACCAUAAAAGAAAACAAUCCAGAAGAAAUUGUUAAAACACUGAAGACAAAAGGUCUGCAAGGGACCACAGCACUUUGCAGGCAAGCAGGCCAAGAAAUCCUGUCCAUCCUCAGGUUCAGCAAGUCCUAGUGUCCUGAGAAAGCCACCAAAGUACGCAAGACCUGCCUGAAGCUGAAUGCACUCAGUAGGUUUGAGACUGAUGCCAUUCCCUGGCCAAGAAAUUUUAUCAGAAAUUUGUCAUAAAGAAAAAGGUGGAGUCGGGGCAGUGGUGGUGCACACACCUUUAAUCCCAGCACUGGGCGGGG